CCCUCGCGUUCAUUGGGGAGUCUGUGUUUCGCCCCCUAUCGGCUGAGUGAUGUACUGCACUGAUGUUUUGGUGCAGUGUGAUGAAGAGGAAGUGAGCAGCAUGACAUGAGUUUAGCAAAACUAGAUAAACACAUUCAGAUCCUCAGUGUACUGUGCUGUUGAACGCCACACAGACAUGGAGUUGUAACCCGUCUACAGUGCGUGGAAAUUUAAUGCUGUUGGCCUAUUUUUAUCUUUGACUUGCAUUUCUUCUCUUCAGCGAUGUCUACGAAAGCAUGGCCUUCUGGUACACACUGUGUUGCCAAAAGUGAUCACACAAAACCUAAGCCUAAUGAAAUCUUCUAUCGCAAAGGAGACAUCCUUACCAUUCUUGGUGUGGAGUUGUUAAUGGGGAAGGACAUUUACCGGGCCAAGCACAACAGGAGUGGUGAAGAAGGUCUGAUCUUUGCUUCUAACAUGCGAGAACGUGAAGCCCUGCGUGUAGAUCCCAGUCUCAGCCUCAUGCCAUGGUUCCAUGGGAAGAUCUCGGGUCCAGAGGCUGUCAGCAAACUGCGGCCGAUGGAGGAUGGCCUGUUUCUGGUGCGCGAGUCCAUUCGGCACCCCGGUGACUAUGUCCUGUGUGUAAGCUUUAAGCAAGAGGUCCUUCAUUACCAUGUCAUCUACCAGGAAUCCAAGCUGACAAUUGACAAGAGCCAGUACUUCUAUAAUCUCAUCGACAUGGUGGAGUUCUACUCGAAGAACAAAGGCAUUAUUGCUACCACAUUGCAGAAACCAAAAGAGAAAGAGGGCACCAAGUCAGCUGCACUGCAGCUAUCAAAAAUGGGCUGGCUAUUAGAUUUUUCAAAGCUAACUUGGGGAGAAAGUAUUGGAAAUGGCGAGUUUGGAGCUGUGUUUCAGGGUGAAUACAUGGGCAGGAAGGUGGCAGUGAAAAACAUAAAGUCCGAUGUCACUGCUCAAGCUUUCUUGGAUGAAACCUCUGUUAUGACAAAACUGCAGCAUAAGAAUCUGGUUCAGUUAUUAGGAGUAAUUCUCCACAAUGGCCUCCACAUCAUCACAGAAUUUAUGGCAAAGGGUGAUCUGGUGAAUUACCUGAGAUCACGAGGACGCUCACUUAUCACCAUAGUUGAACUCCUGCAAUAUGCUCUAGAUGUGUGUGAAGGCAUGGAAUAUCUGGAGUCAAAGAAAUUUGUACACCGGGACCUGGCUGGCCGAAACGUCCUCAUAUCUGAAGACAAUGUUGCCAAGAUCAGUGAUUUUGGUCUGGCCAUGGUCGACUGUCAGAAUAUUGACAGUGCAAAGUUGCCUGUGAAAUGGACUGCACCUGAGGCUUUAAAUAACAAGAAGUUUUCUACACGGUCAGACAUUUGGAGUUAUGGUGUGCUUCUAUGGGAAACUUUCUCCUUUGGCAGACAGCCCUACCCCAAAAUGACUGUGAAAGAGGUGAAGGAGAAGGUGGAGGAGGGAUACCGUAUGGAGCCGCCUGAAAACUGUCCAUCUGACAUUUAUGACAUCAUGAUGCUUUGCUGGCAGAAGGAGCCCAAAAUGCGACCUUCAUUCCAUAAGCUCAAAGACUGUCUACAGGCUGAGCUGAACAAACACGAGUCUGCCACAGAGUCCUGACAUAAUUUUCUUCGUUUGCACAUCUGUUUCUUCAUAACAGACCAGACAUUUUAUUCACAAAUGAUUGCACUAUACUUUAUUGAAUAUACGUGUAGUAACAGCAUUCCUGCUGUAAACCUGUUCAAGAUUGAACACAGAAUGUACUCUAUAUACUUCAGUUGCUAAUUUAUUUUUUAUUUAUCUAAUACUUUAUUUCAAAAGAUCAUUUCACAAUGGAUGUGUAAUCUACUUAAAUGAGGAUGCAGACCUCAAAGCAAAAGGCAGAAUGAAGCUCCUGUUUAUGUUUCAAAAGCUGGCAGACCUGAAAAAAAAGAGUCAUAGAAUGUUGCUAUGGACUGUGGAUAUAUGUAAGGAAUAUGGUCUGUGGGUCAACUCAGAGGUUCAAAUUAAGCAGCAAACCUUUGGGAAAUUUGCAAAGAAGAAUCACUGUUUAAUCUACACACCACAAGACUCAAUGCUAUAUUUUGGUCUGCUGAGAAGUUUUGUUUUAUACUGCAUUUUUGAGAAUUCAUUUGCCUUUCUGCCCUCAGAGGAUAAAUGUAAAACACCAGAAAUGUAGGAAGAGCAAGAGAACCUUCUAGAGAUUAAAAUUCACAAUCACGAGUA